UUAUAAUGUCACACAGCUCAAUGUAUAACAACUUUAGACGCUUAGUUCUCAACACAUCAGUAGCGACGGUCGCAGCAGUGGCAGUGUCUGAUAACAUAGUGACGUUGCGAUGGGUCAAUAAUGACUCCAUGUCACCAGUACUGUUCGCACUAGAUAAGACACGAGACCUGGCCGUGAUCAUACGCGCUAACCGAUAUUAUCGCAACGACAUCGUGCUAUACAAGCAUCCAGUCACAGGGGCAGAUGCUUUUGGAAGGCUACUAGAAGUCAAUGUAAGUGAAGACAUUAACCAGCUACGUGAACGUGUUCCAUGUGGCCAUUGCUGGAUAGAGAAUGACAACCCGCGCUCGGACGAACCCGAUAGUCACACUUUUGGCGCUAUACCAAUGGGACUGCUGCAGGGAUGCGUACUAGGUACCGUAUACCCCCUUUCACGUGCCAAGGUACUAGUCAACUAAGUGAU